GACGAGAUCUGAAUCUACCAGGUCGGUCAAAAUGGCAGCGCAGCAACAGCAGCAGGGUGUAGGAGCGGUUCCGCCGACCGGGAUGCAGCAAGCUACGUCUAUACAGCAACAACUUAGUCAACAACAAGACGUGGACCCGGUCCAGAGGUUCAAGAUGUUGAUCCCGCAGCUGAAGGAGAGCCUGCAGUUUGUCAUGACGAUCGCGUCUUCGAAUUUGGGACACAACACUGCAAUUGAUAAUGGGGUAAAAACCAACGAUCUCCCCGCACAACGCUUUGACAAAAGUCUGGAGGAGUUUUAUGCCCUUUGUGAUCAACUUGAACUCUGCCUGCGGCUGGCCUACGAGUGCCUCUCCCAGAGUAUAGACAGUGCUAAACACUCCCCCAACCUGGUCCCCACAGCCACCAAGCCCGACACGGUGCAGAACGAGUCACUGUCGUACUCCCAGUACCUUGGCAUGAUCAAGUCUCAGAUCUCUUGUGCCAAAGACAUCCACAACGCUCUGCUGGAAUGCUCUAAGAAGAUCGCAGGAAAGGGACAGCCACAAGGGAUCAUGCAGUAGUCUACACUAUGAUGCUCCUUCUCAACUUCAUCACCUCAUCACAGUUGGUCGAGUGAAGAACAGAUACUUUUAUUUUUAUUUUUUACAUUGGAUCAAAGGCUAUCUGGAAGUAUUAGUGAUUGAGAUUCCUCCAUGUACAGGCCUACCAUGCCUUUGUUUUUUUUUUGUAAGUUAUAUGGUUGUUUUAUGUGUAAAUAGUAUAAUUUCCAAAGAUGACCAGCAGGUGGUAGCAGUACCGUUUAAUUUGCUACUUGCAUUGCAACUCGUCUAAAUAUUUUGUAGAAGCACCUUUGUAUGAAUAAAACCUGAUUGGGAUUUCUACAAGUUAUUUUUCAAUGGUGUAUCCUAUUGAAAGUUAUAUUUAGGCCUAAACCUUAUAUUCUGACUAGGUAGUUUGCCUCUCACUAUGGUGCAAUUAUCUUAACUAUAUUUUUGCUGAUGUAUGAAUAAUUUCUCUCAAAAUUAAGUUAAUUAAGUCAAAACUGCAUCAUCCUGGGGACAUCCUAUUAGACAGAGUUGUCUAAAGAAGUCUCUAGCUGCAAGUCCUAUCACGAUGGACUACAGGGGGAGCCAGAGAUCACUCUGACCUGCAGUACCGCAUAAACCCUGGAAAAGACUGCACCUCCUAAACAAGCCAAUGAGAUUGUGCUCUUAUUUGUUUUUUAAAAAAAGGUGAACAUUUGCAAAUGCUUCUAAUGUUUCAAGUUAAAGGUGGGGAUGAA